CUUAAUACAUUGUAAUUUAAUUUGUGAUAUAAACACCAAAAAAAUAAUAAAAAACAGGAUCAGAAAUUAGUUUUAAUUAGUGACAAAUCACUUUAAUCGGGUGAUAGCAGCAUUUAUUUAUUUAUUUCAAAUUUAAAUUGAUAAUAUAGUUCAUAAAAAGCAGAAAAAACGUACAAUUAUCGGAAAAGCAAAAAACCGGCGCUGUAGUAAAAAAAUCAUCAAAAGUUAAUUAGAAUUAAGUUAAUCUCCCAUUAUUAAAGCUUUAAACGAAAAAAAAAUGAGCAAAUUAUAUUUUUUUACGGCUUGUAUAAUUUUUGUCUUUAGUAUAUUGGAAAUAAAUGCUCAAAUAAAAAAGCCUCCAGUUAAUUUUUCUAAAGAUUCAAAAGAAAAAUCAACAUCUCUACCUCCAUGCCGGGCAUGCCACGUUUUAAUUGAAUCAUUUAAUUCGGGAUUAAAAAAAACUGAAAGAGGAAAACAUGAAGGUGGUGACGCAGCUUGGGAAGAACAAAAACUUGGUAGUUAUAAAAACAGUGAACUUCGUCUAACAGAAAUACAAGAAUUUUUAUGUUCUGAUGUUAAACGAGGACAAGAUCAAUGUCAUACAUUGGCAAGUGAUAGUGAAGAAUUAUUAGAAGAAUGGUGGUUUAAUAAACAAACUGAAAAUCCUGACCUUUAUUCAUGGCUUUGUAUCGAUAAAUUGAAAGUUUGUUGUCCUGAAAAUCAUUAUGGUCCUGAUUGUUUAAAAUGUAGUGAUUGUUAUGGAAAUGGCAAAUGUAAAGGUAAUGGAACACGUAAAGGGAAUGGUAAAUGUGCUUGUGAUGCUGGUUAUUCUGGUGAUUCUUGUAUGGAUUGUGAUAUUGAAUAUUAUGAAUCAUAUAGAGAUGAAAAAAAAUUACUUUGUACACCAUGUCAUGUUUCUUGUGGCCAAGGUGGUUGUACAGGCGCAAGUCCAAAAGGCUGUAGAAAAUGCAAAAAUGGAUGGGUUAUGAAUCCAGAAGUUGGAUGUUUUGAUAUAAAUGAAUGUGUUGAAAAUCCGAAAGUUUGUACUACUGAUCAAUUUUGUGUUAAUAAUGAAGGAUCAUAUUCAUGUCUUGAAUGUGAUAGAUCAUGUAAAGGAUGUACUGGUGAUGGUCCUGAUAUGUGUAUGAAAUGUGCAGAAAAUUAUAGUUUAAGAGACGGAAAAUGUAUCGAUCUUACAAGUGAAAAACGUGAACAAUGGGUUACAUUUACAAGAUUUUUAACAUAUUUAGGAUUAUGUGUUGCAACAUGUGCAAUAUUUCAUAGUUCAACAUAUUUAGCUGCAUUUGUUGGAACAAUUGUUGCAAUAUAUAUUGCUGUAUCAGAAUAUUGGUUAAAUACAUUGCCAUCUGGUGGUAAACCACCAAAACUUGAUACAGAACAAUUAGAAGAAUUAAUUAAGAAUUCAUUGUAAAAGAAAAAUAAUUUUAUAUAACAAAAAAAACAAAAAUUCAUUUUUAUUAAAUGAAAACAAAAGUAGAAAAACCAAAAUAAAUUUUAAGUAGACAAUUGAAAUACAAAAAAAAAAAAAAAAUUAAAAGAAAAAUAUUAAUAAUAUUUAUUAAAAUUUUUUUUUUUUUUUUGUUAAUAAAAUUACAAUAUUAUUAAAGAGAAAAGCAAGAAUAAAUUUUGUAAUAUAAAUUAAAAUUAUUAAAAUUAAAUAUGAUGUAAAAUUUUAAUAUAAUUUUGUUUAAACUUUAUAUUAUGGGUAAUUUCUUAUCAAUUUCUUAACAAAAUAUAUUUAAAAUCAUUGCUUAUUUUACAUUUGUAGUAUUUAAAUCAACUACUUAAAGGAUUCAUGGCAAAUUAAUCUCCGAAUAUGAUUUAAUUAAAUUUUAAAAUAAAAAUUUCAAAUUUAAAAUCUGAUUUUCUUAAAUUUAAAUUGCUAAAAUUGAACUUGGUACGAAAUUACCAUAUUUUACAACACACUUAGUUUAAAAAAAGUUGCUGCAAUAGCUCAAUAUAGAAUUGGAACUGUUGGUCAUUUAAUGGACCGUAAUUCCGUUUCUAAAAGAUGAAAUGUAAUCAGAAUUUAAUCAAAAAAAUUAUGUAGUUUCCAUUAAUAUCAAAAUAUUGUUUUUUAAUAAAAUUAAUGGUAAUAACAUUUUUCUUUAGCUAUUUUAGAACCAACUUUUAGAACGAUGGUGUUUUAAUGAAUCUUCCUUAUAUGUGAAUUUUUAAUUUUUAAAAUAAAUACAAAAACGAUUAAUAAUAACAAUGUAUUUAAUAAAUUUGUUAAUCUAUUCCGAUAUAUUUAAAUUCAAUAUUCUAAUUUUUAUUAAAUUUAAAAUUAAAGGAAAUUAUAAGUUGUAGUUGAAUAAAUAAAAAAUAAUUUUUUCCAAAAGAUGCACCAAACAAACUUAUUCAUAUAAAAACUCUACUUACUUAUAAUGAAUUCAAAAUUUUAUAUAGUAGACAAUUUAAUUGUAAUAGUAGACAGAUUAAAAAAGUUAAUUAAUAAUUAAGAAAAUAAUUAAAUAGAAAUCCUUGUUCCAUUGUUCUUAAUUACAAUAUAGAAUUUAUAGCUUUAAUCCAAUCAGAUUUAAUUUUUUUUUUUGUGUAAAAUAUUUUUUGAAAAUUUCAAAAAAUUAAUUUUUUUGUUAAUAAAAUUAAACCUUGAUAAUCUUCUAAAAAUCUUUUUUCUCAAAUAUACGAUACAACAAAUUCAUUCUAAAUAUAAGAUAAAAUUUUUUAAUUAAUUUGGACCCAUGUUACGUUUUUCUGUAAAAUAACUUAUAAUUUAAAUAUCUUUUAAAUAGAAAAUUGAAAAAAAAAACAAAUUGUACUCAAAUGGGUGCUGUACAAUAAGAACAAAUGGGUUUUAAUAAAUUUAAAAUUAAUAUGCUUUUUAUCAUAUUUCAUAUUUUAUAAUAAUCUAAUUCAUAGUCAUAGUUUUAAUUAAAAGAAAAAUGCAGCUAAAAUUUAAUUUAAUUGAAAACAAAAAAUAUUAUAUUCGAAACAUUUAUAAAUAAAUUCUUAUAAACGUACAUUGAAUUUUUUUAUAAUUAAAUACAAAAAAAUCGUACACAUAUUAAAAAAUUUUAAAUUUUAAGAAUUCAUUUUGUAAAAAAAACAACAA